AUGAUUGACAACUACUACAUGAUGGUGCUGUGUGCCAUAGGGCUGCCUGGAAACGCCUUAACCAUCGUAACGAUCCUAGCCAUGGAGUCCAUCAGCCCCGCCACCAUCCUAGUUGCAUUCCUAGCCUCGUGUGACAUCGGCGCCCUGGUCUCUAAACUUACCCUUAACCGAAUGAUCAACCAGCACGUCUACUUCGGGUCGGUCGGCUGCAAGCUAGUCAACACCCUGACACUGUCCUUCGCCACGAUCGCCAACUGGACGCUCGUGCUCAUCUGCCUCGAACGCUUCAUCGCCGUACGCUUUCCCCUCCAGAAAGUGUACUUAGCCACGAAGCAUCGCUGUACAGUCGCAGCCUUCGCGCUCUCCGUGAUCAUCGCCGCGCUGGCUUCGGCUUUUUUCGUGAUGCCUUACGAUGCGGACGACACGGGGUAUGAAUGCGUGACGACACGGAUGUCUGCUGAAAUGAUGUUUCUGACACAGCUUCUAUUUUACGUCGUGUUCCCUUUGGCGUUCAUUGCAGUUUUCACUUCCGGGACCGUGAUGACGCUCUGCGCUUACCAGAGACAACGUAGAGCCAUGUUCAGAAAAAGGGGAUGGCCUGACACCGAGACCCGUCAAACAACCGGAAAUUUUAAGAGCUAUCUGUUGUUCGCAAGACAUGAGCGAAGGGAGAAGACCAUAAACGUUUUGGUGAUUUUCACAGGAGUUCUCUUUAUUGUUAUUCAUAUUCCCCCGUGUAUUUUCUUUCUCGGUUUCGCAGACAGCUACAGCAGCAAUGACGCCAAAUGGUAUUUGUUAACAAUCAUUCAUUACCUCAUCCUAGACUCUUCCCACGUACUUAAUUUCUUUCUCUUCUUCUUAUCGGCUAGAAAAUUUCGGUCACAGCUGUUUAGGAUUAUC